GGCUUUGUCAUUGAAAGUUUGUUUAUGAUGAAACAGCUUCCAUGUUAAGUCAUAGUUAUUGCUUUCGUUACUGUAGACAGCUCUGUUACGUUGUUUAACAAUUAAUCGAGAAAUUAAAGAAGAAAUCGAUAUUUAUAAAAUGAAGGGAUGGUUCGAUGCAUUCAGAGAUGAUGGUGGACCUACAUUAUAUUCCUUCUCUAAUCGAACGCCUGUUACUGGAGAUGUUUCAAUAGUAGCGGCUUCAGUUCUUUUUGGAACUUUUUAUUUUGCAUUUUUAGUCAUAUUUCCCGGAGUAAGAAAGCAGAAACUUACAACAUUUGCAACAGUUACUCUUAGUUGCUUUGUGGGGUUGGUGAUUUUAAUUACCAGAUUAGGCUCCGCAUGGCAUGUUGCACAUACAACGAUUAUAGCACCAUACAAAGCUUUUUCCCGUGAAAAACUCCCUGCUCGAAUUGGCAGCAAGAUUGGAUUAAUACACGUUAAUGUGACUCUUACAGCAAUCUCCAGUAUUUAUAACAACACAUCACCAGAUAUUGACUAUAAUGAACGUUUUACUUGGGAAGGCGCAAAUGAUAUGAGUGCAAACUAUCGUGAAGCGCUGCAGAAAGGUCUUCCGUAUCCUAUUUUAACUGUUGCGGAAUAUUUUAGCAUUGGGCGUGAAGGUUUUUCAUGGGGUGGACAAUACCGUGCAGCGGGAUAUUUUGCAAGCAUAUUGCUGUCAGCAUCUUUUGCGUCAUGGUUACUUAUGAACUUGCUUCUGAUAGCAGUACCAAGAUAUGGAGCUUAUAUGAAAGUACUUACCGGCAUUUUACUUAUGACUACUAAUUUCGGUUACCAUUGCUUGCUUCCAAAACGACCAUUAACAAUAUUUUUGGAAGGCGGUCGGUUAGAGUUCAAAUUUGGUUGGUGUUACUGGUUAUUGUUAGUUGCGGGUAUUUUAUGCUUUUUUGCCGGUGUAUUUAUUUCAGCAGUUGAUUUAGUAUGGCCACAUACUUUCUCUACUGUUUUAGAAGUAUAUUAUGGCACACCAUAUGAUCGACAUGUAAUUUUGGAGGAGUCUAGUGAUGUACGUUAUCGUAAACGCAAUGUGCGUGGAUUAAACGAUUCGCAAGGAUUCGGCUCUCGUAUUUUACGUAGACUUUCCUCUAAAGCUCGUGAUUCUAAUAUAAAUACACAUAAGCCACCAACUGAAAUUGUUAAUGGACCUCUGGGAGAUAUUGAUAAAAAAAUGUUUCAAAACAAUGUUCCUAAAAGCCCAUGGAGAUAUCCUUUUCGCCGAAGUCAACAAUUAGCAUCUCAUGAUAUAAAAAUGCAACGAACUUUAUCUCAAGACUCAGGCUCAAGUAUUAAUUCAAUAGCCAUUGACAUUUCACCUUUUCACAAAAACGUUUUACCUCGAAUGGCUCAGAAUGCGGCUGCAGCGCAAAUGAGAAGAAUGGAACAUUGGUGAUAGACGAAUAUACAUUAAUAAUGACAUUUUAUUUAUUUUGACUAUACAAAUUAAAUUUGUUGUGAUUUGACAUUGAUAAUAUUAUAUGUAGUGAUAAAACGAAUAACGAAAUAUGACCAGAAAAUAUUUUAAAUAUAUAUGUAUACAUGUUAAAAAGA